GCUGAUUGGUUAAAAGUAAAUCAUUUUAUUAAGUACACAGCCUCUUUGAACGUAUAUAAGACCACAGACAAACCUAGAAAAUUAAAGUUCAAUCAGCAAAAGUUUUAACAUUUUCUAUCAUUUAAGAGGAGAAAGAAUAAAGGAUAUAUCUGGAAGAUGAAUGCUCCAAUAAUUUGUGCGUUAUUAUGCUGUGUAUCUAUGGCAUCGGGUUUCCAUUUAGAACAGAGGGAAAAAAGAUCAGAUCAAGAAUAUUUCAUUAAUUAUGUAAGUACAAAUGGCAGAUCGGCCAAUGGAGCAAAGUCUGCCCAGACCAUAACAAUACGCAAGAAGGAGGUGCAGUUCGAAACCACAGGUGGCAUGUCUGCUGUGCUGGACUUUGAAAAGAUGUUGAUGACUGUAAAAAACUCACAGAAUGGAAAAGUUUGCAGAUCUAUGACGUUCGAUGAAAAAUUAGUGCCAGUCACAUUUCAGGAAAUUAAAGACGCGCUUCAAAAUCAAAAGGAGUUUAAAAUGCCAACUAAAACUAUCACGCUGAACGUCCAGCUGGCUAAAGACCAAACUCAACCAGAGUUGUCGCCCCUGUCAGCUCAGCUAUGUGGAGGACUGGAAGUACAGGUGCUUGAACCAAAACCUGAAGCUCCAAUCACAGCAUUAUCUUUAGCACACCGACGACCAUUGAGACCGAAACGCGAGAUGGGCUGGGGAGAAUUCGCGUUGAUAGUGGUCGUCUGCAUCAUUCUCCUCUAGUAGUGUAGUCUGCUUUAGAAGUGUCGUCUGCUGCAUUUAUGAAGAGAGAUAUUUCAACUUAACUGAGUUAAAACUUAAUUGAUAGUAAUUGUAACCUCACAUGAAAAGGGGACACCAUUUUUGAAAAAAAAAAAAACACAAAGUUUUACCAUUUUUGAGUUAAAGGAAUAUUUUUACUAGUAUAGUUAUUAAAUAAAUAAUAAUCAGCUAAACUUAACCAAGUAGAAAAAUAUAUUUUAAUGAAUAUGCUGUAACUAAUAUCAACCAAUUAUUUGUUUUGAUACACAGGUAUUGUGUGUAACUUUCUUGUCAACACUAUUUUCAAAUGCAGAUAAUCAAAUGUAGGUGGCAUGUUAAUUAAUUUUGGGCGAACUUAUUUUACUCCUAUGAGUCUGAUUGAAUGCAUGGCUGCAAUAUAUAUUGUGUACAGCGUACAACUUUAAUGGGUUAUUACUCAUACAAUGUGCAUAUCCAUCCACUGAAAUUGACCUUGUAUGACUAGUAUCUGUAUGUGUGGUGUCAUAUAAAUAAUUAAGACAAUAUAAAUAUGGUGUCAUAAUUAACAAAUGACUAUGAACAUGUGGAGACAUAAUAAACAUAUAAGUGGAUAUAUAUUAUUUGAUAUGUGUUACCAUAAUAUGAAUGAAGUCAUUUUAUAUUUGUUAACAUGAUGUAUGAUUCUGUGGUGCCAUAAUAAACAAACACUUGUGUACAAGUAUUAGCAUAACUUGAAUGCAUACAUAAUAUGUGUAAUGUCAUAAUAAAGAAGCAACUGUGUGUAUGUAUUAACAUACUGUGUACAUGUUUAAUGGUCUAUUUGUGUUAACAUAUUGUAUAACUAAGUGGUGUCAUAAUAGAGAAACAAAUUUAUCAAAAGUGAUAAAGGUGUCAUAAUAAACAAAUGGUAAGUUAUAUGUGCUGUCAAUUAAGUGACUUUGUAUAUGUGUUGAAAUAAUGUACAUGCAGCAUAAUAAUAAACAUAUGAUUGUGUUAAUGGUGCAAUAAUUAACAAUUUAGCAUGUAUAUAAAGUAUCAUAAUAAAAGAAUACAGACUUA